AUGAUUUGCGGGUUCAAUUCGACCUUCUCGAAUGCAUCGGAAGCUGCAGCUAGUGUGAAGAAGGAAAUCACUCACCCGAAUGAUGACAGUGAAGAAGAACUUGAAAUUCAAAGCAAUUACAGUCCAUUCGAGUACGAGGAUGAUGGAGAAGAAACAGAUGUGAGCGAUGUGUCUGCUGGCCCAUCGCGAUCAUAUACCAAGAGCUGCUCACGGAUCAAUGACUGCAUUCGUGAAGUUCGUGGAUGUCUGUCCCUCAAAGACAGCCAUCAAGGGGUGCAGGAGCAGUUAGAGCACGUGCACUUGCAGAAUCAAGAGCGAUCAAAGCAGCAGAGCCUGCAUUGUGCGAUGCAGCAACGGGAGAUCAAGCAGGAGCAGGAGCAACGACAUUCCCCCCAGGCAAUAAUUGAUCAGCCUGCUCGAGCCUCGACUCAAGCUCAAGCUCAAGCUCAAGCUCAAGCCCAAUUCAUUGCAGCACAAGUGAUGGAUCCCCAGGCUCACAUGCUAGUACACCAGGUGGUGGAUACUCCAGCUCACAUCAUAAGGCCGCAGCCAGUGGAUGCUCGCGCUCAUAUCAUAAGGCCACAGCCAGUAGAUGCUCGCGCGCAUUUGAUUCGACCGCAACCCUUAGAUGCUCGAACAAACAUAAUCCGACCGCAGCCUGUCGGUCCGCGUUCUCAAUUUGUCCGACCUGUAAUGGUAGACGCACUUCAUCUAGGUACGGAGGGUCGAAUCCAAACUUUGGACGCUUUGAAUCUCGGCAUAGAUGCCCCUUUUGUUGUGGAUGGAUUGAAUUACGCUUUGUUACGAAGGGAGAUGGAAAAUCGGUUCGGUGGUUUUGAAGGACACGAACAUGCCUUCAGCUUGUUGGCAGUCAAGAAGGAAGAGAAUGCUGACCAAGACGAAGACGACAUGAAGGAAGACAAUAAUGAGGACGGUUCUUUAGGGGGAAAGCGUAUUCUCAAUGCUGAUCAAGAGGUUUCUGUCAAAAGAGCAAGAAACGCACAACAAUUAUGGAUGAAUUUGUCUGAAAUUGUUUAUCCUAUCCUCAAGGAGAAAUCGAGAGGACAUCCGCUUGAAGCUGUCAUCAGCAAGGAAAUGGAGAAGCUAAAAAAUGCCAAGAAUCUGAAGCGGGUUCUUUUCGCAUUCCUAUACAUCUGCUUGAUAGAAGAAAUGGUAAUGAUCGAAUAUGAAGAAGACAGUCAGGCUUUCGCUGGAAUCAAAGUGCUACAAGUCGUACCGGUUCACAGUGACAAGUUUUACAGGAGAUUGGUGAUGUUGAAGUUUGGCAUCUGGGUGGAGAAUCCUGAGCAAUCCAUUGGCAUCUUGCCGCUGACACCGGGACAAAAGAAUGCUCUUCACAGCAUCUUUCGGACGGUCAACUUAAUACCCAAUGUGACUGGAGCGUGGGAUCAAUGUUUCCGAGGGGACGGAUACUUCAUGCAUUUCGCCGCAAAGACUUGA